AUGUGGCCCCUUCUUUCCAUGCUGACCGUCUUAUGUAUCCAGAUGUUACUGGUGAUGUGCAAUCCUUUACAGCAGGUUCUUGGUGUGGAUGGAGUAAACUUCAGCGUGCAUGUAGAGAACCAGACACAGGUGCGAGACACCAUGAGUCGCAAACACCACAGAGUCUACCAGCUUUACAGCCGCACAAGUGGCAAACAUGUGCAAGUUAUUGGUCGAAGAAUCAGCGCCCGAGGAGAUGAUGGGGACAAAUAUGCCCAGCUUGUAGUGGAGGCUGACACCUUUGGUAGCCAGGUGAGAAUCCGAGGCAAAGAAACAAAUUAUUACCUUUGUAUGAACCGACGAGGGAAAUUGGUGGGAAAGAAGGCCAGCAAUCGCAGUGCUGACUGCGUCUUUGUGGAAAAGGUGUUGGAGAACCACUACACUGCUCUGAUGUCAGCACGGUACACUGGUUGGUAUGUAGGCUUCACUAAACGAGGACGUCCUCGCCGUGGAAAUCUCACACUCCCCAACCAGCAGGAGGUGCACUUCAUGAAGCGAUUUCCCCCAGGGGAGCAGCCUGACCUGACCACCCCGUUCCGCUUCACCACCAUAAGCAAACGAAGUAAGCGAGUCCGAGCAACAGGGCCUCGCUAG